UAAUACAACGACCUUCCGACAUUAAACUCCUUUAAAUGGUAGCGUAUGUAAGGAUCUCACAAAUCGGUGGACCAUAAUGAUGAAUGGAAAAGUCAAAAUGACUUAGGUUUUGCACAUGAAUCAGAUCAUCAUUUGACUUCAAUUGUAGCCAACAAAUUAAAUUAUGAAGAGCGCAGAUCAUCAAGGAAAAAAUGGGAGUAAUGAUAUACUAGAAAGAAGCAGUAGUUUAGGGAAUGAAAUUGAAGAAAUAGAAGAGGAUGGGGAACAGGGGACUAUCAAUAAUGGUUAUGUUCCGGCAAGUGAGUUGUUUGAGAUUGAUAAUAAUAGAGGAGGGUUAGCCACAAUUAAAGAAGGUCAUGAAGUUGAAAGUAGUUUGUAUUCUUUUGAUUUCCAUAACAAUGGGAAUGUUGUUGUCUAUGUUGCUGUUGGGAAUAGUAGUAGUGGUAAUAAGAUUAGUAAGGAGUCAAGUAUGGAUGCUCUUCUUUGGACGCUCAAACAUGUUGUGGUGGAUCCCUCUUCUACUAUUGUUUUCCUUAUUCAUAUAUAUCCUGAGGCCAAGUACAUCCCUACUCCUUUGGGAUUGAUUCCAGUAGGUCAAGUGAGUGCAGAGCAAAAGGAGAACCACAUGGCUCAAGAAAGAGGCAAAAGGCGGCAAUUCCUUCAGAAGUUUUUUGAUGCAUGUGCUUCUACAAAGGUUAAAGUCGACACCAUACUUAUAGAGAGCGAUACAGAGGCAAAAGCCAUACUGGACCUCAUGCCCAUCUGCAACAUAAGAAGGCUGAUCUUGGGAACUUCUAAAGCCAAUCUCAAGAAACUAAAAUCGAGAAAAGGUAAUGGAACAGCAGAUCAGAUAAUACUAAAUGCACCUGAAUUCUGUGAAGUUAAGAUUAUAUGUGAAGGCAAGGAAAUGGUUGAGCUGCAGAUGUUUGAAUCUCCUUCUCCCCAAGCCACUACUGGUAAUAGUCCAAAGCCAAUUCAGAGUCAUACCGAAGAUCAAAGUCAAGUCCAGAAUGGAUCCUUUGGAUGUGGAUGCUUUAAAGCCAGAGUCAUGCCUAAAAUCUUCAACAAUCUGCAUUAGCAUUAAACCCAAAAUUCAAGGCUGGAUGUCAAUUUCAAGUAUAACCCCCAAAUCUGCCCCAGGGUUUACAUGAACGUUGUAACUAUAUGUUGUACAUCGAGAAACAAUUAAUUUACACACCAUCGUUGAUAUGUUCAAAAAGAUGUAAAGUUCGCUUUUUUUCCUGAUUCAA